CGUUUAAAAACGACGGAACUAAAGCGAGCUUCAUUGUGAUGGUGAGUCAUCUUCGGAAUCUGUGAAUGUGCGUGUGAGAGAGAGAGUCAAGAGUCAAGAGUCAAGAGUCAAGAGUCAAGAGAGAGUCAGAGGUGACGAAGACAUGGCCAAAGGGCCCUUGUCGUUGUAUCGGAAGAUCGGACGGCGCCGGCAGAAGAAGACGACGGAGUUGCAACUGCAGCCACUCAAUACUAAUAGCGACAACUACAAUAGCAGCUCUGUCGCCUCUGUCUCUGUGAGGGGCAAGAAGAAGACUGGUGGGUCACGGCUUUGGAUGCGUUUCGAUCGAUUUGGUCGGACUGAGCUGCUUGAAUGCGACAAGAAUGCUAUCAUCAAGCGUGCUUCGAUUCCAGCGAGGGAUUUGAGGAUCCUUGGCCCUGUCUUCUCUCAUUCCUCCAAUAUUCUUGCUAGAGAGAAAGCCAUGGUUGUCAAUUUAGAGUUCAUAAAAGCCAUAGUUACUGCUGAAGAAGUGCUGCUGCUUGAUCCUCUGUGUCAAGAUGUCAUUCCUUUUGUGGAUCAACUAAAGCAACAACUUCCACAUAAAAGCCCAUCUAGGAUUCAAGAGGCUGGCGUAGAAAGAAGCCAUCCUACACCUGGUGGGCAAUGGUUGCCUGUUCCUGAAGCAGCUGAAGGUCUACAACAUGAGCUUCCAUUUGAGUUUCAGGUCCUGGAGAUUGCAUUAGAGGUUGUCUGUAUAUAUUUCGAUAAUAGUGUGGCAGGCCUUGAGAGAGAUGCUUAUCCUGUCCUGGAUGAACUAGCUAGGAAUGUUUGCACUAAGAAUCUUGAACAUGUCCGAACUUUGAAAAGCAACCUUACCCGUUUACUUGCACGUGUACAAAAGGUGAGGGAUGAGAUUGAACAUCUUUUAGAUGACAAUGAAGAUAUGGCACAAUUGUAUCUAACAAGGAAGUGGAUUCAGAAUCAGCAGUAUGAAGCAAUGAUGGCAGCCACAGUUUCAAAUAAUGUUGUCACUCUUGCACCUAACCUGCGUCAACUUAGUUCUAAUAGGAGUGCAAGUUUGGUUACUAGCAGUCACUCAGAUGAUCAUGAUGUAGAAGAUCUGGAGAUGCUGCUUGAGGCUUAUUUCAUGCAACUGGAUGGGACUCGUAAUAAGAUUUUAUCAGUUCGGGAAUACAUUGAUGAUACGGAGGACUAUGUCAACAUCCAACUUGACAACCAGAGGAAUGAACUUAUUCAGCUCCAGUUGACGUUAACCAUUGCAUCAUUUGCCAUAGCUGUUGAGACCUUGAUAGCUGGAACUUUUGGGAUGAAUUUAAAAUGCCAGUUGUUUAAAAUCAAAGGCAUCUACGGCCCCUUUGUUGGAGGAUCCUCAGCAUUGUGUUUCUUGCUUUUUCUGCUAAUGCUGGGUUAUGCCAGAUGGAAAAGGCUGCUUGGGUCAUAAAUGAACCAACUGACGGCUGUGUUGCAGCUCAAUCUCAGGCUUCACACGGUCAGGAUCAUCUUAAUCUGAAGAACAGCAUUUGUUGUUCAGAGCUGCAAACUUGACAAGCUUGCCAGUGUCCCGAUGGGGCGAAUUCUUGAAAAUAAAGUCUAGAGUUGAAAGACAUCAUAUCAGACAUGCGGUUAUUUUCAAUUCAGUCCAUGGAAGUUAUCUAGGUGUAAGGGCUGUGGGUGAUUAGUCGAUGGUGCAAUCAAUUAGUGUUCAAAGGCAAGGACAAAGCUUUGCCUUGUUGAUUCAGAUGGGGUUAUUAGGUGUAAUCACUGUACUUGACUUAACAAUGACUAUUAUUUUGCUUUUGGAUUAGUCAACCCUGAAAUGUACUCUAUUAUGUAUGAUUUAAUACAUGUGUGUUGCUUCAACUCAGCCAUGAUUUGGUUCUAUUGUCUGAGGAAAGAAGAGUUCGGGUGAUCUACUUUGGUAGCUCGUAUUCAGAAAUGUAUUUACCAAAAAAAAAAAUCAGAAUUGUACAGUAGAGUGGAAUGGCAGAAACAGGGUGUGCAGGAUGUGUAGUGUAAUUGUUGGAAUAAGGUUCUUUAUGUGGGAUCAGAUUUUAAUGAAUUGAUUAUUGCAAGUGUACCUGGAGUGUUAUUCA